UCAUAUUUGUGAUGGCGGUGCUAGCUUGGGGGCUUUGCUGCCUUGCUUAGUCGUAAAUUUACGAUACAAUACUUUCUGAUUGAUUUCGAAGUUACUAAUAUUGUUUUAUAAAGUUUUAUUUUGUUCUGUUAUUUUUCAUGUAUAAAUCAUGAUGUAUUUCUUUGAGAUCGCUGAAGUUUGCAAGAUAAGAAUUCUUGGCGCUAAGAAAACAAUUAAUGAUUCUUGAUGAAAAAUGUGCUUAUUAGAACCUUAUUAGCGUAAGAGGAUUAUUAAACUUCGAUGCAAGACAGUUUAGUGCUAUAUAAUUCUUCUUAUUAUUAGUUGAAUCAAAAGAAGCACCAUGAAUGAUGUUCGAGACAAAGUUGUUGCCGGGUCUUCGAGUUGGGAGAACACAACAACGCGAAGCGACUCAUCACCCGAGACCCAGUCAUCGCCCGGCGGCAGUGGGGAGACCCCCCAGACGCCCGGAGCGCCAGCGCCGCUGGCUCCACACCUUGCUGCCGACUUACAUCCAGAUCUCAUACAACAGGGCUGGCGCAAGUACUGGUCCAAACGAGAAAACAGACCAUACUUUUGGAAUAAGCUUUCUGGGGAAUCAAUGUGGGAGUUACCGGCGGUAAAAAGAGAUUUUGACCCUAUCACAGACCCCCUUGGCAUUUGUCACACUGGUCCACCCAAUGCAGGUAAUAUGACUCCAAGUGCCAGCAAACGUCGACCUUCAGAGGACAAUGGACCUCCUCCUAAAAAGUUUAUUCUGGCAGGGCCUUGGGAUAUUGAGGUGCCAACAAAUGUGGUUAUAUAUGAGCGGCCCCCAACAAUCUGCCCCCAUCCUCAUCCAGAAAUAGAAGGUUUCAGAUUUACACUUGCAAACAAACUUCGGCAAUGCUAUCAAGAGUUGUGUCAUACCAGAGAGGGUAUUGAUGCUCCAAAGGAUUCAUUUAAUCGUUGGCUCAUGGAGCGAAAAGUGAAUGACCAAGGAGGUUCAGAUCCACUUUUGCCAAGUCACUGCUUCCCUGAAAUAUCCCGUUCUAUGUAUGAAGAAAUCAUGAAUGAUAUACCAAUCAAGCUGACACAUCCAAAAUUCACUGGGGAUGCUCGUAAACAAUUGUCACGCUAUGCUGAAGCUGCAAAGAAAAUGAUAGAAUCCAGGAAUGCAUCACCUGAAAGUCGUAAGGUGGUGAAAUGGAAUGCAGAAGAUACAUUCCAAUGGCUUCGACGCACUGUUGGAGCUACUUAUGAUGAUUUUCAAGACCGACUUGCACAUCUACGGAGACAAUGCCAGCCACAUUUGGCUGAAACAGUCAAGGCUUCUGUGGAAGGCAUUUGUUUGAAAAUAUACCACUUAUCUGCAGAGUAUGCGCGUAAAAUAAGAGAGAAGCAUAGUGCUCUGUUAAAAGAAAAUGGAAUACAGGAACUGCCGGCGCCGCUGCAGCAAGCUGCACUACGGAAGGUGUGGUGCUACCCUGUGCAGUUUGCUCUACCGGCCCCGCGGCCGCCCCUAGUCGAGCACUUCCUCGACCGCGACCAGGCACUGCUGCGCUACCUUGGCGAGACGCAGGUCAUCAAUGCGGCCUACCUCCAGAAGCUGGAAUGCCUAUACCGGUACAGCUGUUUCGACGACAAGAAGUUCGAGCAGUUCCUCUCUCGCGUGUGGUGCGUGCUGCGGCGCUACGCGGCGUGGGUGGGCGCGGGCGGCGACGCGCAGCUCGCACAGAUGGCGCUGCCCGUGCCCGUGCUCGAGUGCUUGCACCGUUGCUUCGGUGUCACGUUCGAGUGCUUCGCUUCCCCGCUCGAUUGCUACUUCCGUCAGUACUGCUCGGCGUUCGCCGAUACUGACUCGUACUUUGGAUCUCGUGGACCGUUCCUGGAGCUGCGGCCGGUGUCGGGGUCGAUGGUGGCGCACCCGCCGUACUGCGAGGAGCUGCUGGAGGCGGCGCUGCGCCACAUGGAGCGGCUGCUGCAGGACUCGGCCGAGCCGCUGUCCUUCCUCGUGGUGCUGCCCGAGUGGCCCGAGCGCCACACGCAUGCGCUGCACAAGCUGCAGGCCAGCCACUUCAAGCGCAAGCAGGUGGUGAUACCAGCUUUUGAACAUGAAUAUCGACAUGGCUUCCAGCACGUAGUUCCAAAGAACGAGGUGUACUUCCGCUGGGGCGGCGGCACGGUGGUGGUGUGGCUGCAGAACGCGGCCGGCUUCGCGCGCUGGGGGCCCACCGACGAGCGCGUGGAGGCGCUGCUGGACGCCUGGCGGCCGCGCGCCAAGCUGCGCUCCCCGCCGCCCGCCGCGCCGCCCGACGCCGCGCCUGCUGUCGCCGCCACCCCCGCGUCCGCGUCCGCGUCCGCGCCCGCCGCGCCCGACAAGCGCCCCAACGACAAGGUGUAGAGGUUCAUGGCGCUCCGAGCGGCCCACGUUCACCGAGCGUCCCAAGUGUCAAUGGCGACCUGCAUGGACACAUUAUGAACUAAUUCAUUUUCAUAGUGGCCGUGCAAUUUUGCAGCCGGGUGUACAGAUUUGGAAUCAGAAAUGUAAGCGAUGACUGCUGUGAUCCCGAAUGGUGAAAUGCUCCUAUGUAAAAUUAUACAAUCAUGUAUGUGCGCGAUUGGUCGUUUGCGCGACGCGACCGGUCGUCCGAGGAGCCCGUGAAGAAAAGUAUCGAAAGCCAAAAGCUAGCCGAAAUAGGAUAGGAAAUUGAAAAGGGUCUAUUAUUGAAUCGAAUAGAAUUUAUCCUAAUUUACUCGGCUGGAUACCGAUAUACAAAUCCACUUAGAAAAUUUACUAAAACUAUAACGUCUACUAAAAGCCUUAAUGCACUGGGGUUAAAUUAUGCGUGCAACAGUAUACUUAACUAAUACCGCUCCAUCCCGUCCAAAAACUGUUCGAAAACGUUUGUCUUUCCUUUAUACAUGACUUGUUUUAAAUAAAUAUACUUUUAAUAACCCAAACCAAACCCUUUACCUGCAUUUAUCUUCAACAAGUUAAAUUUACUAACAUGUGAACAGCUAGUCCUGUCGUCCUACUAGCCUGAAAUUAUUUUCUUUCUAUACUAACUUUAGGAAUAUUAUUCAACUUCUUUUGAUAAAUUGACUUAAGAUUUAAUCGUAUUACUGACUGUAUGUAUGUUACCUCCACAGUGCGCUACAGCUGUAAGUAAUAAUUAAUCCUUGCCCAUCGUGUUUUUAUGUUCGUGUCAUGCGUUUUUAGUCAGUUAGUACAGUCAGCGUCAAUUACUUUGUAGCAGUCAAAGUGGCCAAAUAGUUCGGUACACCAUACUUAAUAUAUGGUGUACUAUUUGGCUACUUUGGUUGCUACAAAGUAUUUGACGCUGACUGUACAUAAAGUACCGAGUCUACUACUAGUAGUAGCAUGACACAUACGAAUAUUUCCGAGAAAAUUAUUAUUAUUAUAUAAUUAUAGGCGAGCAGCUAUUUAGCUGAUUAGCCUAUGUCACACAGUGGCCUGUAUUAUACAGUUCAAAGUUUGUAAAGUCGUAUCACAUCACUAAGUAACUUCAGUCUAACUUAUUGUUUAAAAGCCACUUGUCCAAUCUGUUUUUAAAAACAUUGAUCGAGGGAGCAGUUACAACACUAUCCGGUAAACGGUUCCAAGCCGCCACGACACGGUUGGACAAAGAAUGAUAUGCAGCUUUAGUAGUAGUGGGAGUGCGAACAAUUCUUAAGCUGUGACCUCGGGUCUCGCGGCUGAUAGUUCUCUUGUUGAUUAUAUCGUGAAUGUCGGGGAGGUUGUAACAGUGGGUAACAAUCUUAAAACACUCGAUAAGGUCUCCUCUCGCUCUCCUGGCUUUGAGUGUGGGCAGCUUCAGUACCUUUAGCCUUUCUUCAUAAGGUAGGCGUUUGAGCUUAAAUGGAAAAUAUCCAGUGCGAAGUCCACUCCGUUAACCUAUCCAAAUCAGAUUGCAGCUAACCAGAAGAAACAUGAAGGUUAGCGAAGAACUUUCCAUCAUCUGCAAAGAAGCACGAUUCUGACUCUAUUAGUGCUAUUAAGUCAGUCACAAAUAUUCCAAACAGAGUCGGAGAUAAGACAGAUCCCUGAGGUACUCCACUCAGCACAUUUAGUGGUGAGACGGGCCGUCACCGACUCGCACACUGAAGGUUGUCUGACAGGUACCCUUCUAUCCAUUUUAGUAGCUUUCCACGGAUUCCAAAAUACUAUGGGAAAAGAUUAUUCACUACAACCUGUAUCUUUUGUUAAUCAAGGGCCUUCAGUGUAGUUUAGAUAAAGAUUUGUGCAAUAGGGAAGAGAUAUGUUUAUACCUAAUUUCGGCUAGUUUUUUGAGCGACACAAACCGUCAAUGGACGUCGUUUCUCAGACAUUUGAAGGGGUCGGGGAAGAGCUAAGGCACAAUGUAGGAGUUUCUCGAGUAGUGAAUGCAAUCCCGAAUUCGAGAUCCCGGAAUUUUAGGAAUCCCGAGUAGAUUUAAAAAAAAGUAAAAUUCGAUUGAAUUAAAACGAUAAUAACGGCAUGUUUGUGAUGGUGACGAUAAUUAAAAUAACAUAUUAAUAGACAGAAAACAAAAACCUUUAUUCUUUAAUAUUAUUAUAUAACUAAAUCAUCAUCAGUUUUUCUUGGAAAUUAACAAAGGUAGUCAAAACAAUAAGUAUAACUGUAAUAAGAAUCAAAGCAAUAAGGAAUUAGAGAGUAUUACAGGUGGUUUUGAAAGUGACUUCUUAAAAAACAAAGGGUAUUAAGAGUUUUAUCUUCUAAACGGCAUCUUACAUCCGUUGCAAUGUGCCAGCUGCUGAGAACUGGACGUGUGUAGCGUCCCGUCAAUCCCGAACGGGAUCUCGUCAUAUUAUACGUCGGGAUUGAUCCCGAAAAAUUACACGGGAUCUCGCGAGAUCGGGAUCCCGCGGGAUCGGGAUUGCGUUCCCUAUUCUCGAGUCAAUAAUGUAUUGUACCUUUAUCAAAGUCCCUUUUUCACACUGCCGCGCUAAACAUAUCUGUACAGCAGAAUAGUUAUUUACGAUACAAGUGCAGAAAAUAGGAAAUUCGCAACAAGUGUUGAUAAAUUACGACACGAGUCGAAAAUCGACACGACUUGCGAAUUACCUAUUCGCACUUGUGUUUCUAGUUCCUCCUUCACGCGGCAGCGUUAUUAAUGCAAUUUAAUACAUUUAACUGAAAUCAAAGAGUCAUUCUACCCAGCCAAUUAUCUCAAAAACAAAUGAUUUUUUAAAAUUAAUAUUUUAAAUAUGGUAUAUGUUUGCAAAUUGAAUAAUUUUGAUUUGAGAUACCGCUAUGAGGGCAGUAUUGAUCUUAGAAGAUAGGUAAAGUCUAAGAAAAAUUGUAAAGUAGAUGGUGCUGUACGGUCCACUAACAUUUUGCAUAAAUUAUGCGGUAAACUCUUUCAAUUACUUACCACAUAAUAUGCCCCCGUACAUUAGUUUCACAGCGGGGAUACUUUAACUAUCAAUAUAUAUUAACUGUUUGAUUUGAUUAAUAUAUAAAUAAUUUUGAGCAUCUUUCUCUGACCCCUUCAUAUGCGUAGUAUAUUUGUGUAGGGUUGUAAAAAAUGUGUUCUCUCGGAUUAGGAAAGAUGCUAUAUAGGUUUAUAAGUGUAUGUGGGUGAUAGGUGGCGACGAAAUGCUAAUUUCGCUUAUUAUCUUUGAUAUUGUACACACAAAAUCUGAAUGCGGCACUUUGUAGAGAUUACCUACAAAAUCGAGUGUAUGUAUGUUUUGUACAUAAUGAUAAAUUUGUAUCAUGUAUAUACAUAUUAUUUAGUUGUAAAGAUAAUUUCGAUUAUCAUUUUUUUAGUUAUUUUAAGAGCCACAUCUCUGUUGUAUAGUUCGAUAAAUAUAUUGUUUUGAUUGUUCA